GCGGCGGGGCGCAGGCCAUGCGCUGACCCCCCAGCGCGCAGCGUCGCCAGAGUGCGGGCAGCUGCCCGGGCGCGCCCUGCCUGUCCCGGGAGCCGGCGAGGCCGGGCUGGGGCUGCCCGGCGCGGGAGUACCGCGGGGAGUACCGGCUGGAGUAGCGCGGGGGCGGCGGCCCAGCGCCCCAAAGUUUGCCGCGCCCGCUCGGGCGGCCGAGGUUUGUUUUCUUGAAAAGGCUCCAGGCUUCGGCUUGGAAAAUCCAACCGCCAAAAUUGAGCCCAGCAGCUGGAGCGGCAGCGAGAGCCCUGCCGAAAACAUGGAAAGGAUGAGCGACUCGGCAGAUAAGCCGAUUGACAACGACGCGGAGGGGGUCUGGAGUCCUGAUAUUGAGCAGAGUUUCCAGGAGGCCCUGGCUAUCUAUCCGCCAUGUGGGAGGAGGAAAAUCAUCUUAUCAGACGAAGGCAAAAUGUAUGGUAGAAAUGAAUUGAUAGCCAGAUACAUCAAACUCAGGACGGGAAAGACAAGGACCAGGAAGCAGGUGUCUAGUCACAUUCAGGUUCUUGCCAGAAGGAAAUCUCGUGAUUUUCAUUCCAAGCUAAAGGUAACAAGCAUGGAUCAGACUGCCAAGGACAAGGCCCUGCAGCACAUGGCUGCCAUGUCAUCAGCCCAGAUCGUCUCGGCUACUGCCAUCCACAACAAGCUGGGGCUGCCUGGGAUUCCACGCCCCACCUUCCCGGGGGGACCAGGGUUCUGGCCUGGGAUGAUACAGACAGGACAGCCAGGAUCCUCACAAGAUGUCAAGCCCUUCGUGCAGCAGGCCUACCCCAUCCAGCCAGCAGUCACAGCACCCAUUCCAGGGUUUGAGCCUGCGUCAGCCCCAGCCCCCUCAGUUCCUGCCUGGCAGGGCCGAUCCAUUGGCACAACCAAGCUUCGCCUGGUGGAAUUCUCGGCUUUCCUUGAACAGCAGAGAGACCCAGACUCGUACAACAAACACCUCUUCGUGCACAUUGGGCAUGCCAACCAUUCUUACAGUGACCCGUUGCUCGAAUCCGUGGACAUUCGUCAGAUAUAUGACAAAUUUCCUGAAAAGAAAGGUGGCUUGAAGGAGCUGUUUGGAAAGGGCCCUCAAAACGCCUUCUUCCUUGUAAAAUUCUGGGCGGACUUAAACUGCAAUAUCCAAGAUGACGCCGGGGCCUUCUACGGUGUGAGCAGUCAGUAUGAGAGUUCUGAAAACAUGACGGUUACCUGUUCCACCAAAGUCUGCUCCUUUGGGAAACAAGUAGUAGAAAAAGUAGAGACGGAGUAUGCGAGGUUCGAGAAUGGCCGAUUCGUGUACCGAAUAAACCGCUCGCCGAUGUGUGAAUAUAUGAUUAACUUCAUCCACAAGCUCAAACACCUACCAGAGAAAUAUAUGAUGAACAGUGUUUUGGAAAACUUCACCAUAUUAUUGGUGGUAACAAACAGGGAUACACAAGAAACUCUCCUCUGUAUGGCCUGUGUAUUUGAAGUAUCGAAUAGUGAACAUGGAGCACAGCAUCAUAUCUACAGGCUUGUAAAGGACUGAACCUUGUUAUUUAUAUAGAGAGAUAUCUGUAUAUACACACACAUAUGUGCACACACACACUCUCCAUUAUCGAACGACUGACUGUAAACCUCACCACACAGGGUGCUACCCUGGCCCCCUGGGUCCCACCCUGACCUUUCUAAAUCCUGUUCGAGUGAACUUAUUUUUUCCAUGUGUUCAUGCUAUCAUUGUAGCUGUGAAGUUGUGAUACAGUUUUUUGUGUAUUCCUCAGAUCUGCAACCCACAAUCCCUUGGGGAAGGUGAAUCUUACCAGCCUAAGCUAAGCCUCUCUGCAGACCUGUUUCCUGUUGUGGUAGAAAAUACUGAGACAGAGGAUUGGCCACGGGGCAUUGACUCCCUUUAUACAAAUGUAUUUAGUUCUUUUUAUGUUUUUCCGACAUAAAAUUCUUGUUUUAAGAUACAAGUAAAAUUAAUCUUUAAAUAUAAAUGUAAAUUAGUACAGGAAAACUAAGAUUCUUUAGACUUAUCUUUGUAACUAAUUAGGGUGGAAGUUAUGGAAGAAUGUAAUUCACUAAAUUAUUUUUUAAAUGAAAUCUUCUUUCUUUUUAAAACCAAAUGUUAAACUAUAGCCUUAAGACAUACUUGGUUGAAAUAUCCUAAUGAGACAAAUUUGUACCUUCCCCCAACCCCCAAGGUUAAAACUAAUACCCUAAUUCAUUAAACUCUUGAAACAGGUGUUACAAAGGAGGAAAACAUCACCCCUUAUCCUUAACAUAUAUAGUAUAUUUAAAAAUGUAAAAUUGUAUUGUACUAAUGUGAUAAUUCAUUAUUUAAUGAGAAAGAAAAGACAGUUCAUUUUGCAAUAAGUAGAUAAUACUGAAACAAGUCUAAGCUUACAAUGUUAUAGUCUUGUGUGUGCAGUUACAUUUUAUAUGGUCCACCAAAUUUUUUAUGGAGACGAGUUCACAUUUGAACCACUGAAAUUUAAUAGCAAAUUUAAAAAUUGGCAUGAAUACUGCACUGUGAGUUGCAAAGGAUGCAGAAUCCUGUGGCUGGAAGAAAAUUGUCAUCAACCGAGCAAGCAGAAGGCUCAUCAGGUUUGGUGUCUCUGCUGCCCAGAAUGUCACUGUCACAAGCCUCCUCGCCAGCCUGUGGAUAGGUUGUUUCUGGUAGCCUAGUGUGUACAGGAAGCAUCUGUGACUAUAGCUCUGUGUCCAUGCACAUGUUGAUGCUCAGCUCUUUGAGCUCCUGGUUUUGUCAGUUUGCUAGUUGCUCAUCGCCUCUCUGCAUUAUAGACAUGGAUAUAUUUUCUCUAAAGGCAUCUGUCCAUAAGCCUCAGUGCCCCCCACCCCACUUUCUGUCUCAUCUUUUCAAGCAGAUUCCCUCAUUCUCUUACCAAGAGAAUAUUCCAAAGCAUUGCCCAGCAGAGUUGGUCUGAUGUGGCCAGCCUCUGGUUACUUCCCUAAGUGCUUUUUCACUGGGGAAGCAAGAAAUGUUAACCCCUCUACUUCCCAGGGAAGUUAAGAGGAAAGUAAGAGUUUCUUUACACACACUCACAUGUGUGAGCACACACAACACGACUGUUAGGAAUAUGUAAACACAAUAGAAAUGGUACAAACUUUUUACGUUAAAAACAAAAAGCAUGGCUUGUUUUUUGCACUAAGGCUAUAAAGUAAAAUUCUGUAUCUGCUAUAUCCAGGAGACACACACGCCUUUGUUCCGGCUUCUGCUCUGACUGCUUAUAUCUAUUCAGAGUAUUUUGGUCAUCAGUGGGUAGGUGUGGCUGGCAUGUAGUUAAAAGAACCACCCUGGAUUUACCCUCUCCUCCCAGCAGCCUCCCUCAUCCCUGGGAAGACCAGAGAAGAAUGUUCAAGAGUUUUCCAUUUGCAGUGUGCCUCCUUAAGCCAAUGGGGCACUGUUUCUCCUUAGGAGAACUGCCUAGGUUCCCUGUUUCUAAGCCAGCUCUCAAAGGAAUGGCUACCCUGAGUUUCUCCCCUGCAAACAUCUGUCUGCAGACCAGGUGUUUAAAGAUGUCUUCUGGAUGUGACAUUAAUUAAUCUUUUGGACAACCCUUUUAGGGAGGUUUCUUCAGCUUUGAUUUCCUAUGUUCUUAUUCAAGAGGAGAGCCCUCUGUGUCUUGAGACCAGGAAGAUAUGAAUGAAUGAAUGAAUGAAUGAAUGAAUGAAUGAAUGAAUGAAUGAAUGGGUACAAAUGAUCUCCUGUGGCUAUAGGUCAUCCCAGAAUGUGAUAGGGGAGAGGUCUGCCCCUCAGGAGCGGAGCUGCUCCUCUGUACCACUAAGGCUCUGGGAAUUUAUUUCCCAAGUACCAGCUAGAGGAUAGUGGUUGGCAGUCGGGAGGGUAAGACUUGACAGAGUCAGGGUGGCGUGUCUGCUGCCUCACUGUCCGGUCCUCUUCUUCCUAAUGCCUUUCUGGGCAGUAGGAGGUGGGGGUGGGGGUGAGCUGAUUUAUCUUUGCUCUUAAAACAGCUAUAACAUUCUUUAUAUUCACCCCUCCACACUUUUCCCCCACCUUCUUAUUUUACACCCCACCCAAAAAGAAAAUAACCUUAGUUUUAGUUAUAGUUAUAUUGCUGUGAUGUUAAUAAUGCCCAAAAGCAAGUUGGGAGAUAAAGUGGGCUUAUGUUUCCACAUCCUAGUCCAUCAGUGUAGGAAGUCAGGGCAGGAGCCUGAGCCCACAAGUUGACACAGAGACCAUGAAGGAGUGCUGCUUAUUGGAUUGCUUCUCAUGGCUUGCUCAGCCUCCUUUCUUCUAGAAUCCAGGACCAUCAGCCUAGGGAUGGGACUGUGCACAAUGGGCUCUCCCCGCCUCCAUCACUGAUUAGAAAAACGCCCUAUAGGCUUGCCUACAGCCAAUUCUUAGGGAGAUAUUUUCUCAAUUGAGGUUCCCUUUUCUCAGAUGACUAUAGCUUGUGUCAAGUUGGCAUAAAACUAGCCAGCACACCCACCAUGGCCAAUUUGUGCUGCCUGUAUACUCACAGGUACGGGGACAUCCAUUGGAACAUGGUAAGCCUACCAGGAACCACACUCUUAAACUGAGUUCUCUUCCCUGAGAAACAUCAACUCUCGGUAGCUUGGAAUGUUGACCAGCUUAUUCUCACAGUUGCUGUGAGUUUAUAACACAAUGGCCCUGUCAUGUCCAGAAGAUGCCAUUUUGCUCCAUACCCCCCACUUCACCUCCUGUUCUUACAGUCUCUGCUCUGUCUUCAGCGCUGGUAGCUGUAAGUUCUGUAAAUCUUCUGGAGUUUCCCUGUCUUAAUCAGUGACCCAGAUAUUCCAAAGUUGCUUUAUUUCCCAAGUGAAAGCCUGGGUUUGGGGCGGGAGGUUGUGUUCUAACCUUUAAUCCCAGUCUCUAGUCCUUGGCUCUGUCUGCCCUCUUCUCAGUUUCCUAAAGCUUAUGGAAACCAUUGCUGAGCCCUGCCCUCACUCUUCCGUCCCCAGUGCUAUCUCCCAGUGACUGGGACAGAUCUGUCAUGGACAUAAUGUAGACAUCUUACUUAGCCACUACAUAGUUUAGAGGCUGUCUUUCCAAUGAAAAGACAAAGUCAACCCAAAACUUCUUCAGAACAUGUCCUGGGACCCCCCCCCCCACCAGAGUCCAGCCAGGGACAGGGACAUUUUGGACCAGUUAAUUGGCCAUGCCCUGUGCAAGGUUGGAGAAUUUAGAAUUCCACUUCCAUGGUUUUCACAGAUGAUUGCCCUGGGUUGUGCAAGCUUCAACCUUAGUUGAAAAUGGCUACCCUUUCUCUUAUUGGUCACAUUAGCAUAUUGAUAACCAGUUUUUCAUGAAAUCUCUUCUAUGACCUGACACUGCCCCACCCCCCAAUUUUUUAAGGUCAGGAAGAAGCAAGUGACAGUGAGGCUCCUGCACAGCCAGCAUCUCUUUCCUGCUGCUCUUUCUCUCAUGUCUGGGAAAGCACCCUUCCUGUGGCCAUCUGUUUAAAGAGCAUUUCUGAUCUGGCUUUUUAGCCUUCCCUUUCCCAGGGCUUAAAAAGAAAAACUCCCCUCCCCCACGUGGCUCUUUCUCACAAGCUCCCAGUCUCCACCUCAUCCUUUUCUGGAUAGGGUCUAUCUCCUCUACACUGCUUCUGCCGUCUGCCUCAUGCUCCGUGCUGUCUGUUGUAUCGCUUCCAUCUUUAGGGAUGGAGCAGGUCUGGAUCCUUUCCAGAAGGUGCCUCGUAUUCAAACUAAAAGAGAGCACAGUCCAUUCCCCUUCAUCUUAAAGGGAUGAGAGGUGCCUGGUCCAGUCUCCUAGCUAUUUGUUCAUAGGCAGGGGUGAGGGCUUCUCUUUCAUCUUCAGCCUUUCCUGGGUGGAAGCCAUCUUUCCUUGGUGCUCUGGGAUUCCUGAGAAUGCAUGGACAGGGUCAGUUCAGUUCCCCUAUAGCUGUCUGGGGACCACAAGUAGAUGGUGAGGCUGAUGCGCCUUUUGUUUUCUCAGAAGACAGUUCUCCAGCCACAGGCUUUGAGUCAAAUUUCUAUUUACCACAUGUCCCAGCAGCAAAGUCCUGCCCACACACCAGCCAAAAGAGAACCCUUGGUGUUAAGAUUCUUCAGAGGACUUUUAGAUUCAGAUCUUCUUUAGGCUUCAAUACCGUGGUGGCAUUAGCCAUCAUUUUUAUACAACCAUAUAUUAUUGAAGUCACAUGAUGGUCAGUUUUACAAACCAGGUACCUGUAAUUUGUAUAAUUUUGUAUAUGCUCUGGUGUACCACACCUUGUCCUAAGGAAGGGUAGAAUACCUGUGUGUUGGUGUCCUCACCUGUGACAUUAGGAGGAUGCUUGAGUUGCUGGCUUCUUCUGUGUUGAUGUUUCUGUGGCUAAGCCCUGCACGUGUCGUUCCUGAAAAGCCUUAAAUCUUGGGGAAGUCACGUCGCAGGGUGUCAGUGUGACAGGCUGCCUGGGAACCGUGAGCCCUUCUGUAAGCUGGAAGCGGUUCUCUUACUACUGUUACUUCUCAUAGUUUUCAGUUCACAGCUGCCAAAGCCUCCUCCCAGUAAAGCAGUGCCUUAGUGAAACCUUGGAGCCGCCAGCCUUUUCUCAUCCUGUUCUGGGUGUCCACUUGCCGAUUGGCCCCAUAUCAGAAGCAGGACAAGCCAAAAUCGUUCUCAUUUGUGUUUCAAAAGCCCGUUUUUAAAUCCAGCUCUAUAGGAAGCUGAUGACUUGGUUUCCAACAACCUGAAUCAGAAACCAAGUCAGUUCUUUGACCAUGCUCUCACUUAUGUAUCCAUACCAAAACUAAAGGCUGCAGCUCCGCAGCUUGCUAUGAAGAGCAGAAUUGUACUUUUCAUUGAUGCCUUUUUCAAUCCAUGACCAAAUACUUAGCUAUUUGUGAAUCUUCUGCACUCCAGCUUGAAAGUGCCUUUGGCUCGAGAUUCCAGCUUAGAAAGUGCCACCAUAAUAACGACAAUUUGUAGAGAGACCAAAAAUAUUUCGAGAUCACCGUAAUGCCUUUGGUUAACCGGGAUGAGUAACCAACCAACUGCAGGCUUGUAUUCAUGAGAGCACCGAGCACCGUGUGGUCCCUGCCUGCUGUGAGUUGGCCUGCUGGUGGGGAACCCUACCACCACUGUCCUGUACAGCACAGUGUGGCAGUGGGGAGCCUGCGAACUGUUGUGUCUGUGUGUGCCGCCUCUCCCCGGCAUGUCCACAACUCAUCACCCAGCUCUACAUCCCUGGGAAGGAACUUACGCACAAGCACCUGAAUCCCGGCCAGUGGGCGGACACCAUGGCUCUGCCUUCCCCUCUGUGUCCACGUCCAGACUGUGGAGACUCUCAUCCACUGGGACGACAGUGCGCACUUGCCUGCCUACACGUUUGGUUGUUGGAAGCCUCGCAUUGAGAUGACAGUGCAGAACAAAAAUUAAAAAUGGGUUCAUUAGGUCAUUGCAGUUGAAGUGUCUCUGGGCAGUUUUGCUGGCUCUGGAUGUCCGAAUGUGCUGAGAGACUUGCGAAGAGCACACUGCAAUUCGGCAUUUUCAAGGAUGGUCUAGUCCUCAGCCAACUCUUUGAAGUGUGUGUCAGCUUAGAGUAAAACAUUUUUGCAUCUGGAAACCCCAUACCUAUCUUAAGGAAAAAGAACAGAAGAGGCAAAAAGAAGCCAGGAAAAAAAAUAGAUGUUUUGUUUUGUUUUUCUUCCUUUGCUGAUGUAAGUGUAAAAGUAAUGACAGACAACUCUGAAAAGUUAGCCUCAAAACUCUACCACAUACCUUCUCUCCGUCCCUCCCUAGUGUCUAAGGGAUAGCCUCUCUGGGCUCUGAAAUUGCCUGAGUGAUUUGUAUCCACCCCAAGUUGUGAGUAUAUAUAAAGGUCUAGUUUCUGGGUUUUUUUUUUUUUUUUGCUUUAUUUUCUAAAAGAAAAACAACUAUCAAAUGAAAAGGAUAAUUUCUUAGCACAGGUUAGAGUUAGUAGUUUGCUGUCUUGUAUUCCUCCCUGGCAGGGACGCACCACAACUUGAAGAACUUAGUCAAAUGUGUGUUCUCUUGUGCCUCUUUCUAGUCAUUGCUGUCUCAUUUGUAGUAGUUUUCUCUCCUGAACUCUUGGCUUAUAUCUUUUAAAAUGAAGGUUUUAUGUUUUAAAUUUACUAUGUUGCAAAGGGUAGGCCUCACUGAAGUCACGUGCCAUUUACUAAGUUGAGAUAUCUGUAUUUAUUGUUCCUUCCUAAGCUGUAACUUGUUUUCUCUGUGAGUCUGCAUUGGGUCCCGUGCCCCACACUACUUCAUUUUAGAUAAAAGCAGCCUUUAUGUGUGUCUCCCACCCUAGUCAUUCACAACCGUGGGAUCAGGUCCCACUAGACCCCAGCCUUGCCCAGCCUGGCCUUUGUCGGUUUUUACCAUGGACGUUCUCUCUCUAAGAGAGGCGGGCAGAAUCCACACAUCUAUCUUGUUAAAAAACCUGUCUAUGAGUUUUGUGGUUUUGUUUUACAAAUUAAUUUGUUUUCUGUGAUUAGUUUCAAUGUGUAAAAUAGAUUAUUAACUGCACUUAUUUAAAAAAGAAAAAAGGAUGUACAUCUCCUGUCACCUCCUUGAAAGAUCAACUUCUCUAGGCCUUUUUCAGUGGGCUUAUGACUUCAGACAAGGAAAAAAAAACAGUAAAAACAAAAAUAGUACGUGCCUGAAAAUGACAAAAAAUAUUUUUUUUGUAACAUUUUAAAAAACCUGAAAAGCCUUUACUUCUUUGAUACACUCAAAUUUUAUGUAAAUUGGGUUUUGCCACAUGUGUUCCUUCAGCUUCUGAACGACUUCACGGCUUCUCUGUUGUCUCUCGUGUAAAGUGUAUAGGAUGGGCUUGUGGCGUAAGCAUUUCAUCUGGUCAGUAGCUCUUUUGUUACUGUACUGCUGCCGGGACUGGGCCGGAGUCUGAGCCCCUGGGUGACUGGGUUCCUCUGGGGGAGACUGGGGAGAAGAGGGUCAAGUGGCUCGUUCAUGUUUUCUUAAACUGUUUGCAGAAACUUUCAAAAGGCAUUUGGCUAAACUUCCCAGCAGUACAGUAUUCUCGUAUUUGUUAACGUUUGUGUUUAGGUACUGGUACCUUUUUGUUUAAAAAAAAUGUUCUAAGUGUUGGCUUUAAAGUGAAUUUAUCUUUAGUAUGAUAGUUAUAUGAAAAUUAUAGGGUUUGUGUGCAGAGAAUUUUUUUAUAAAGUGCUUUGUAAAAAACAAACAAACAAAUGUAUUCUAGCUUUCGCGGUACAUAUGUGUGAUAACUUUAAUACCCAUGACAGUUAAGUGCAAUUAUUUCAUCACUCUAAAAAUGCUAUUUUUGUGUCAGUUCCUGCAGGUGUUUUCAUGUCUUUGCAAAGUGACACAUUUUGAUGCCUUCUUGAUAAAGUGGUAGACAUUUUGUAGCUUUCUAGAAACUUUGUAUCCAUACAGUAUCAAUGAAAAAUAAAGAAAAUGAAAGUGUGGGUCACCUUUCUUAUCUGCAA